AUGGCGAACCAGUUGGCUCGGUUCUUCUUCGGUUCUGCAAACAAAAAUGUAGCCGCAGAUUAUGAUGUUUCCCCUAGUACCUUGUCAACAUGGCUUAAAAGCAAGGAUAAAAUCGUGAAGGCUUUUGAGGGAGGAACCAGCUUGAAGACGCAGAAAUUAAAGCCAUGUGGAAAUGAAAACCUAGAACGGGCUUUGUAUACAUGGUUUGUUCAGAUGAGGUGGUAAGGUGUACCUGUUAGUGGCCCAGUACUGAGGGAGAAGGCACUCAGUUAUGCUAAAGAGAUGGACAUUAAGGAUUUCAUUGCUUCCAACGGCUGGUUCGAUCAAUGGAAGAGUUGCCAUGGGGUUGCCUUUAAGGCAAUUGCAGGCGAAGCGCAGUCAUGCACCUUAGAAAUGACAGCUUGAAAGGAAUCCACCCUUCCAACGCUUCUCUCAAAUUAUGCCCUUCGUGACAUAUUCAACGCUGAUGAUUUUGGCCUAUUUUACAAAGCCUUACCAGACAAGUUGAUGCAUCUGAAAUCUGAAGAUUGUGUUGGAGGGAAAUGCAGUAAAGUACACCUAACUGGACUUGCGGCUGCUAGUGCCACAGGAGAGAAGCUACCCAUGUUCGUUAUAGGCAAGUCAAAGAAACCAAGGUGUUUCAAUGGAGUGCGAAAUCUCCCCUGCAGGUACUGGGCACAGAACAAAAGCUGGAUCGACAGCCAACUUUUUGAGGAUUGGGUAAGAGAGCAAGACCGGAAGUUUGAACACGAGGGUAGAAAGGUAGCCCUUGUAGUCAACAACUGCCCCGUCCACCCGGAUGUUGCAGACCUCAAGGCCAUGCAUUUAGUGUUUUUACCACCAAACACUACAUGCAAGACCCAACCUAUGGACCAAGGUGUCAUAAAGGCAACGAAGGCAUAUUACCGUGCGUCUGUGGUGAGAAGGUAUAUUGAUGCAGUAGAGAAGGGGAAGGGUGCUCCAAAUAUUUCUGUUUUGGAUGCCAUGACGAUCUUAAUAAGGUCAUGGAACAAAGUAACACCUGAAACAAUCAAGAAUUGCUUCAAAAAGGCAGGUAUUUGCAGUGAGGCACAGACAAUUGCCAUUAAUGAUCUGGACAACCCCUUUGCAGUCCUAAGCGAGGAAAUACAGUCUUUAAGAGAAGCCUAUCCUGAAGCUGUACCCGUGAAUGUUAACGCAGACGAUGUAAUCGGCAUUGAUGACACCGUAUCCACCUCGGAGUUGGGUUUGUUGACAGACGAAGAGAUUCUGGCAGAAUUCAGUAGUGAUCAGGAGGCAAUGGAAGAGGAAGAAGAAACAGAUGAAGUUGAGGUCCUAGAAGAAUGCCCCAAGAAACCUAUGGCAAGCGAAGUCAGAUCCACAAUUGAUGUGCUGACUUCAUACAGUCUGUUCGUGAACGAGGGAGUAGGGGAAAUCAGAAGCCAUGUACAGAAAAUAGAGGCAUUGGCAGAACGAAACUUCAUGAGCUCCCAACGACAGCAGACACUGCUUUCUUUUUUUGGGUCUAAAAUGCAAUCACCACUGACCACCAAAUAUCAGCCGAACAUCAUGCAGCCAAGCAGUUCAUUUGAAAUUGAUUCGCAUGUGAAGGGAUAUCACGCUUAUUUAGAUGACUGGAAACCAUGCUGGGGAGAAGUUCUGCAAGCAAUACCAGAACCAAACAAUGCUGUAGAUAAAUACGCGGUGUGUGUCCUAAAAGAUGGUGAAGUGGUGGGCCAUUUGAAGAGUGGAAAACUUGGACGCUUUGCUAAAACAAUCUUCUAUUUUCUUGAAGCAGACCAGCAUAGUUUCUGUAGUGUGAUCAUAAAAGCCGACAAAGCUGUUAACUUUGGGGACGGAGAGGGGAUGCAAGUCCCAUGUAAGCUGAGAAUCUCUGGUCAAAAGAAAUUUGUCAACAUUUUGAAGGAGUUGGAACGCCUUGAGAAGUGA